GUUAUUUAAAAGUCUGCGGAGGAGAAGAGCUCCCAGGACAAACUUCCCGGGAGUCGGCAGAAAGGGAGGUGAAAAUCUAGCAGAAUUCAUUGGCCACUCGGGAUCGAUCCAUCACCAUGAAACUCUUCGCUCUACUCUUCGCCGUGGGGCUGCUGAGUGCCUCCUGGGCCAACCCCUUCUUUCAAGACGAGCCAAAAUCCAAAUGGGAGGAAAUGGUGAAUGCCUUCUGGGGUUACGUCACCAAGGCCGCGAACGUGGCGGAUGACAUCACUGCCCAGAUCAGGACCUCGCAGCUCAACAGGGAACUGGAUGGCCUUAUCACCGACACCAUGGCUGAGGUGGAAGUCUACACGGAUGACCUGCGUUCCAAAUUUGGCCCCUAUACCCAAGAACUACAGGACCGCCUGACGAACGAAGUGUCCACCCUCACCGGGAAGUUGAGAAACGACAUGGAGGAGACCAAGGGCAAGCUGCUCCAAUAUUGCCGAGACACCCGCCUGAUGAUCGACCACAACGUGGACACGGUGAAGUCCCAGUUCAACCUCUUGAUGCGCAAGCUGAAGAAACGUCUCACCAAGGACGCCGAGGAACUGCGUCAGAAGCUGGGGACCUACGCCCAAGAGCUGAGAACCAACACCGACGAGAAAGUCAGCUCCGUCCGCCAGAACCUGGAGCCCUACGUCUCCAACAUCCGCGAAAAGGGACAGGAGAGAAUCCAGGCCCUGCAACAAGCCAUCGGAGAGCAAAGCCAAAUGGUCCACCAGCAGCUCAGCAGCCGCGUUCAGGAGCUCCAGAACCAGUUCCAGGAGAAACUUCAGGAGGUGAAAAGCGCCUUUGACCAAGCCGUUGACAAACUCCGCCAGUUGGUCAACCCUCUUUUGGAGGACAUGGGCAUCCAAGCCGAGACCGGGGUGGAGGAGAUCAACCAGGAGGCAUAAGAUGGCCUUCAGCAAACCCUCCUAAUUUGUCUCCUUGGAAACCAAACUUGAGGGCCUCUUGGUUGAGAUGGGUCUUGAUAGGCCAGCCAUGUAUUAACCUAACCUUCCCAACUGGCUGAGAGCCCUCCAGAUGUGUGGCAUGAUGUCCUCCAGCAUUGGGCUUGCAAGCCGACACAUCUGGAGCACGCCAGAUUGUUUUUUUGGGGGGGGGAGAGACUGCACUAACCUCAUGCUUCUUUUUGCACAAGCCCCAUCGUCCCCUUGAAUGAAGAGUCUGCCAUUCGGCCCUCUUAACCAUCUCUCCCCCUUUCCAGUCUCGUAUUAACCCAAGUUCUGUGUUGCACUUGUGAAUUCUUCCUAGGAAGAUCCUGGAACGAUUCCUGAUGCCCGUUUCCCCUUCUUACUGUAACAUCUUGCAUUCCAGAUGUGUCACCCACCAUCCUUCUUUAGCUUUACUGGUGUUUUGAUCUGUAACAAUAAAAUAUACUUUGGAUAUGAA